AGUAGUUUGCUCAGAAACUAUACCAUCUAAAUUCCUUAAGAAAUUUUGAUUCUCUUCCGAACCCCAAACCCAGGCCGCGCCACAACACUCUGAAUCUACUUUCCUUCAAUUCGACCCUUUGUAGUAGUUUUAGCUGCGCCUACUCAGUCCAUGAAAGCCGAAGCUUGUCUCUCUCAGGCUCUGGACCCUUGCAUACAGAUCUCCGUUCUCAUACAUGGAUUUGGAGAAGGGAGUUGAAGCAGUAAGCAACUCUCUUGUAGUGAACACAGGCUCGUUAGAAGGAGGUGCAGUUCUAGAACCAUAUGUGGGUAUGGAAUUCGAUUCCGAAGAUGAUGCGAGGAAAUUCUAUAUUGAAUAUGCUAGACGGGUGGGAUUUAUUGUGCGAAUAAUGCAACGUCGCCGCUCCGGCAUUGAUGGGAGAACUCUUGCCCGUCGACUUGGGUGUAACAAACAAGGUUUCUCUCCUAAUCACAGAGGCAUGAUUGGACAGGAGAAAAAGCCACGACCAAGUGCACGGGAAGGAUGCAAGGCGACUAUUUUGGUGAAGAUGGAAAAGUCUGGGAAAUGGGUUGUUACAAGAUUUGAAAAGGAUCAUAAUCAUCCUCUGGUUGUUACUGCCAAUGGAUUCAGCACAGCGGGUGAUAAGGAUAAGAAAAUUGAAGAGCUUACUGUGGAGUUGGAGCGACAGGAGCUGUUGUGCGCUGCAUACCGAGAAAAAUUACUUUGUUUUAUGAAUAAUGUUGAAGAGCAAACGGAAGAACUAUCCUCCAAAAUCCAAGUUAUAGUUGACAAUGUGAGGAAAGUUGAAUCAGAAGUGCAAAAACUUUCCAGCCAUAGAUAGUCUUGGCUUCUAACCCGAGUAUAUAUAUUUGAUGAGACCAUGUAUCAUUAUCCAUAUCGAAUGUCAUGAAUCACUUCGGCA